UGCUUUACUUUAUCGAAAAUGAUUGAAGAUCACGAAGGAUACAUUGAGUUUGCCAGAGAACUGUGUCAUGUCGUCGCCAGGGACUUAACACAUCUUCAGUCCGUAAAUACUAUAGUGUCACCAAUCUGCAUACAAAGCUCUUUGAUCUUAGCCUUUAUGGGAGCUGCGGGAACAACGGCGGAAGAGUUGCGGUUGGGUCUUAAGCUGGGACAAGGCGAUCGCCAACAUAUAGCUAGAAGGCUUAAGGAUUUCUGGGCAAAUCAUAGCAGCCGGGACGCUGGUAUUACUCUUAAGUCCAUUAAUCGUCUAUUUGUUAGCCACAAGCUGCAGCUGCGAAGCGAGUUUCAAGAGCUUGCGGCAGAACAUUUUCAAAUGCAGCCGGAGGUUUUAAUAUUCUCAGAUGCUGUGGAGGCAACGAAAAAAAUGAAUGCGCUGAUAGCGCAGGAUACGGAGCAUAAAAUACGUAAUCUAAUGCAGUCGAAUGCUGUGAAUGCUGAAACGAGUGCAGUGUUGGUAAACGCGCUUUACUUUAAGGGUAAGUUUAAGAAACCUUUUACGCCAGAGCUUACAGAGCCAGCUGACUUCUAUGCGGAUCAGCAGCGCCGCUUCAAGGUGCACAUGAUGCAUCAGGAGGAUAAAUUCAAAUAUGCAGAACUGCCCGAGCUGGCAGCCAGAGCAGUGCAAUUGCCAUACAAGAACUCGGACAUAACGCUGCUAAUUCUGCUGCCGAAUGAGAUUUGUGGCCUGCAGCGCUUGGAGCAACACAUGAGAAAUUUUAAUCUAGCGCAUAUUGAGGCCAAGCUGUUGACACAGGAUGUGGAGUUGGCGUUGCCAAAGUUCAAAAUUGAGUUUGAUUUGGAUUUAAAGUCAACGCUGCAGCAGCUGGGCAUUUCUCAAAUAUUUGCGGAUAAUGCCGAUAUGGGGCAUUUGUUUGACUGCGCAAUGGGACAGAAAAUAUCAGAGGUCAAACAUCGCGGUUACAUAGAUGUAAACGAAGCGGGCUCCGAAGCUGCAGCGGUCACAGUUAUAAAAUAUGUGAAUAUGUCGCUGAAUUUGAAUGUGAAACAUUUUAAAGCGGAUCAUCCCUUUCUGUUCUAUAUACUUAACAGCAAGGCGAUAUUCUUUGCUGGUCGCUAUGUGCAACCGCCAACUGAUUUGAUUUAACUAAGAAUUAACUAAAAGACAUUGAUGGAAUGAAAACUAAAGUCAUAAGUUGUUUAGCACACUCAUAAAUCUAAAAAUAAAAAGAUAAG